AUGGGUCUCAAGUCAUAUCUCGCCCCAGGCCGCAAGGCCGACAAGAAGGUCUCUGGCGCAGCAACACCCUUCGGAUCAAGGCCGGCAUCUGUCUUCCCCGAAGGUGAUUUCCGCAACCAUGCAAAGGAGGAGAUUCUUGACAUCAAGUGUGACAUGAUGGUCAACAACCUCUACCAGCAGCAAAUGGAAUUGCUCUGGACUGCUGGUGGUCACGAUGAGGGUAUUCUGCUCAAGAAGUCGAGAGGAAAGUACGCAUGCUGCCCUUCAGAUCUCGAGAGCGAGCCUGUUGGCUUCUUCAAGGCUGUUGAGACUCUCAACGUCAGAAGUGCCAUGACCGUCAACACUCGCGUCAUCAAGCUGUUCCUUCACGGUAACGACCGUGCCUUUAUUCCCUUGAAGAGCGGUCUCCGUCUCCAAGUGCUUCCCGAUAUGUCGUACCUGCCGCGAUGCGCUAAGCAUCAGUUCGCCGCCUUCAUUGCCGAUCGUGGUAUCCUCGUCGUUUGGGACGAUGAUCCGAGACAUCUGGUCAAGCGUGCUACCGACAUCGAGAACGCUCUCAUGAAGAUGGUCUGGAAGCAAGAAAGUGAAGAGGAGGAGGUUUCCGAGAAAGAGAAGCAGGCCGAGGUCAACAUUGAUGAACUCGGUGCCGACAGCGAAGAGGCUGGUGCCCUCGAGAAGCCUCGCCGCAUUGUCCUCACCCAGGCUAUCACCGGCGCCUUGACUCUGUGUUUGAUGAUCGUUGUCAUGGGUACUGGUUGGCGCAAGAUCGCCUUGGAGAUUGCCACUGACGGCAGCUACAUCCGCAUUGCUUUCGUCCUGUGUAUUCUUCCUCAGAUGUGGCUCUCGCUCUUCUUCUACCAAGCAGUCGUCAACAACAUUGCCCAGCUGUUUGGUCCCAUCUCUCAGCUGACGUCUAACACCAAAUUCUACUCGGGUGUUGCUCCAAAACGCCUCAACGCCGAUCUUACCACCCUCCCUCACAUCACCAUCCAGUGUCCCGUUUACAAGGAAGGUCUUCAGGGCGUUAUUGAACCUACUGUUCAUUCCAUCAAGGCUGCCAUCUCCACCUAUGAGAUGCAGGGUGGUACUGCCAACAUCUUUGUCAACGACGAUGGUAUGCAGCUGAUCUCCGAGGAGGAGGCUCGUGCCCGUCAGGACUUCUACGACGAGCACAACAUCGGCUGGGUCGCUCGCCCUCGCCAUGACCCUAAGGGUGAACACGGUGAAGCCUUUACUCGCCGCGGAAAAUUCAAGAAGGCCUCAAACAUGAACUACGCCCUCUGGGUCAGCAACCGUAUUGAGGACAAGAUGAACGCAACUCCCAAGCACGCUAACUGGUCCAACGAGGACGAAGCCGAGAUCUACGUCAAGGCACUCAACGAGGUCGUCGAGGAGGACGAAGGCCGCACCUGGGCUGAUGGUAACGUCCGUCUUGGUGAUUACAUUCUCUUGAUCGACUCUGAUACCCGUGUGCCAACCGAUUGCUUGCUCGACGCCGCCAGUGAGAUGCAUCAAUCUCCACAGGUUGCCAUUCUCCAGUACUCUUCUGGUGUUAUGAACGUCACCGACAGCUUUUUCGAGAAGGGCAUCACUUUCUUCACCAACCUCAUUUACACCCAGAUCAAGUAUGCUGUCGCCAGUGGAGAUGUCGCUCCUUUCGUCGGUCACAACGCCAUCCUGAGAUGGUCCUCUGUUCAGAACAUCGCCUACGAUUGUGAAGAUGACCAUCGUGAAAAGUACUGGUCUGAGAACACUGUCUCAGAAGAUUUCGACAUGGCUCUGCGCCUGCAGAACGAUGGUUACGUAGUCCGCAUGGGUGGUUACACCGGCGACGGUUUCAAGGAGGGUGUGUCGCUUACCGUCUACGAUGAACUCGCUCGUUGGGAAAAAUACGCGUACGGAUGCAACGAGCUCCUCUUCCACCCUAUCCGCUACUGGCCUACUCGUGGUCCUUUCACCAAGCUCUUCCGCAACUUCAUCUGCUCUGCCAUGCCACUUCCCUCGAAGUUCACCAUCAUGGCUUACAUCGGUACUUACUAUGCCAUUGGUAGCGCCUGGAUCUUGACCAUUCUCAACUACUUCCUCAUGGGAUGGUACCUGGGUUACAACGACAAGUACUACCUCGAUUCUUUCCAGAUCUACCUCGCCAUCCUCGUCGUUUUCUCUGCGCUCGGUAACCUCUCGCUGGCCAUUCUCCGCUACCGCACCGACGAGCAAGGUCUGCUCAGCGCUCUCCUCCUCAACCUGAUGUGGAUUCCCAUGAUGAUGCUCUUCCUCGGUGGACUCUCGCUGCACUUGUCGCAAGCUCUCCUAUCGCACAUGUUUGGCAUCGACAUGAAUUGGGGCGCAACCAGCAAGGAAGCCGAAAACACCACCUUCUUCAAGGAAGUCGGCAAGGUCAUCAAGAACUUCAAGUACACUUUCAUCUUCUGCAUCGUCAUGGCGCUGGGUAUGAUUGCCUGCGCUUGGAUCGUGCCGUGGAACUGGCAGAUCAGACAGUUCUUUGCCAUCUGGCCUCUUGCCACCAUCAUCUUUUCUCACUUCUUCUUGCCCAUCAUGCUCAACCCUAACCUCAUGCUCUUCACGUGGUAG